GGCCGCAAACCUGGCUACUUCUCGUUCCUGGAUCCCUUUUCCCCUGGUGUCUGGCUCUUCAUGCUGCUCGCCUACCUGGCUGUCAGCUGCGUCCUCUUCUUGGUUGCUCGAUUGACACCGUACGAAUGGUAUAGCCCCCACCCCUGCUCGCAAGGCAGAUGCAAUCUUCUCGUGAAUCAGUACUCUCUCGGCAACAGCUUGUGGUUUCCAGUCGGGGGAUUCAUGCAGCAAGGCUCCACCAUUGCCCCCCAAGCAUUAUCCACGCGCUGCGUCAGUGGAGUCUGGUGGGCAUUCACCUUGAUCAUCAUCUCCUCCUACACGGCUAAUCUGGCAGCCUUCCUCACCGUGCAGCGGAUGGAUGUCCCCAUCGAAUCCGUAGAUGACCUGGCUGACCAGACAGCCAUCGAGUACGGCACCAUUCAUGGUGGCUCCAGCAUGACCUUCUUCCAAAACUCCCGCUACCAGACGUACCAGCGGAUGUGGAACUACAUGUACUCCAAGCAGCCAAGUGUCUUUGUGAAGAGCACGGAGGAAGGGAUUGCACGUGUGCUGAACUCCAAUUACGCCUUCCUGCUGGAGUCCACCAUGAACGAGUAUUAUCGUCAGCGCAAUUGCAACCUCACGCAGGUCGGGGGCCUUCUGGACACCAAGGGCUACGGGAUUGGCAUGCCCGUCGGCUCUGUGUUUCGCGACGAGUUUGACCUGGCCAUUCUCCAGUUGCAAGAGAACAACCGCCUGGAAAUCCUGAAGCGAAAGUGGUGGGAAGGAGGCAAGUGCCCCAAAGAGGAGGACCACAGAGCCAAAGGCCUGGGAAUGGAGAAUAUCGGUGGAAUCUUCGUGGUUCUCAUCUGUGGCUUAAUCGUAGCAAUUUUUAUGGCAAUGCUGGAAUUUUUGUGGAGCCUUCGGCACUCUGAACAGUCAGAGGUGUCGGUGUGCCAAGAAAUGGUGACGGAGCUGCGCAACAUCAUUCUCUGCAAGGACAGUUUCCACCCUCGUCGGAGGCGAGGGGGAAUGAUACGGACUCGCCCUGUUAUCCCAGAGGAACGCCGAGCCCGCAGCACAACCACGCUCAGCAACGGGAAGCUGUGCAGUGGGGGCGAGCCAGAUCCCCUGGCACAAAGACUGGCCCAAGAAGCCGCCCUGGUCGCCCGAGGGUGCACGCACAUCCGGGUGUGCCCUGAGUGCCGCAGGUUUCAGGGCCUCCGGGCACGGCCGUCUGCGGGCUCGCCCGCGCAGAGCGAAGAGAGCUUGGAGUGGGAGAAGACCACCAACAGCAGCGAGCCCGAAUAA